CAGUCGCACAACACGCGCCCCUGUGGCACAAAGACGUUGUGAGGGCGACAAUUUUGCCCGAAGAAUAUAUAAGAGAGAUUUUUUUCCCCGGCGAAAAACUUGUUUGCGCGAGCCUCUUCGCAAAAUAUCUGAUCUUAUUAAAGUGUUGCUGAAUCAGCUCUGAAGGAAUGGCCAACCGCAAGCAGAGGGGGCUGACAGCCACCGACGAGUUCCCAGAUCUCAGUCAGCACAAGAACCACAUGGCCAAAUUCUUGACUCUGGACAUGUACACCACGCUGAAGGAGAGGUCCACUCGCAGUGGCUUCACCAUCGAUGGCGUCACUCAGACCGGAGUGGACAAUCCCGGUCACCCCUACAUUAUGACUGUGGGCUGCGUGGCUGGAGAUGAGGAGACCUACGAAGUCUACAAAGAGCUCUUCGACCUGGUGAUUGAGGAUAGACAUGGAGGAUACAAACCCACAGACACGCACAAGACCGACCUCAACCCAGAGAACCUCGUGGGGGGUGACGAUCUGGACCCCAACUACGUUCUUAGCUCCAGAGUCAGGACAGGCCGCAGCAUCCGCGGCUUCUGCCUGCCGCCACACUGCAGCAGAGGGGAGAGGCGUGCGUUGGAGAAGCUCUCCAUUGAAGCACUAGGUUCCCUGACUGGAGACCUGAUGGGCAAGUACUACGCCUUGAAGAACAUGUCAGAGACGGAGCAGCAGCAGCUGAUCGACGAUCACUUCCUGUUUGACAAGCCUGUGUCUCCUCUGCUGCUGGCCUCCAGGAUGGCCCGCGACUGGCCCGAUGGCAGAGGCAUCUGGCACAACGAGAGCAAGACCUUCCUCGUGUGGGUGAACGAGGAGGACCAUUUGCGUGUCAUCUCCAUGCAGAAAGGAGGCAACAUAAAGGAAGUGUUCACCCGCUUCUGCACUGGACUGGCAGAGAUCGAAGCUAGGUUCAAGGAGAAAGGCCGUGUCUUCAUGUGGAGCGAACACCUGGGCUACAUCCUGACCUGCCCCUCCAACCUGGGCACCGGCCUGCGUGCCGGCGUACACGUUAAGCUGCCAAACCUGGGCAAGCACGCUGAUUUUGAGGAGGUUCUCAAGAGGCUGCGUCUCCAAAAACGCGGAACCGGUGGUGUGGACACCGACGCCGUGGAUGGAGUCUUUGAUAUCUCCAAUGCGGACAGGCUGGGAUUCUCCGAGGUGGAGCUUGUCCAGAUGGUGGUGGACGGUGUCAAGCUGCUGGUGGAUAUGGAGAAGAAUUUGGAGAAGGAAGAGUCCAUUGAUGAUCUGAUGCCCAACCAGAAAUAGAAGUACCCCUGAAUCUUUUCUGUCCCCCAUUUGUCAUGAAUAAUAUUAUUCUUAAUGCAGUUUCUGCAAUUAUGUACUGCUCUAACAGUUGUGUAUGGUUGGGAUUGACUUUAAAUAAAAUGUGA